AUGCCCCACAGACUACCAGACCCCGUCGCGAUCGACACGGAGAAGCAAUAUGGCGACUUCCGUGACCAGCUCUUCAAGGACGGAUACGCCGUAGUCAAAGGCGCCAUCGACCCAGGAAAAUGCAAGAACUACUACAUGGAGAAAAUGACCCAAUGGCUUGAAAAGUUCCCACUCGGAUUCAAUCGUAAUGAUCCUUCCACUUGGACCCCAGAACACCUCCCCGCGCACAUGAAGGGCGGAAUGUAUCAUGGAUACACGGUUGGACACGAGAAAUUCGUCUGGGACGCGAGACUGUAAGGCCCCGAAUGAGUAGACUUUUCCGAAAGUGCAUGCACACGAGAGCUGAACUGUGUCAUUGCAGGGAACCGGGCGUUUUGGAAGCAUUCGAGAAGAUUUGGGGCACCAAUGAACUCCUCGCCUCCUUCGAUGGCAUCAACUACACCCUUCCACGCCCUGAGAGCCAACGUCUCAAACCCUCCACACCCUGGCCGCAUGUCGACCAAUCUCCUCAUCUCCUAGGCACGUCCACCCACUCGUACCACCCCCUCUCUCUCUCUCUCUCUCUCUCUCUUCGCUUCACUGACACCCUCCCCAGGCCUCCAAUGCAUCCAAGGAAUCCUCAACUUCGCCCCCAACGGCCCCGAAGACGGCGGCCUAGUCGUCCUCGCCGGCUCCCAAAAUCUCAACGACGCCUAUUUCAAGACCCACAGCAAAGAAAAGAAUCCCGAAUGGGGCACGGUCCCGGACGAUUGGCAUGGCUUCUCCCCCGAAGAAGUCGACUGGUUCAAAGAGCGUGGAGCCCGAGAAGUGAAAGUCUGUGCUGAUCCUGGUGAUUUGAUUGUUUGGGAUUCGAGGACGGUGCAUUGGAAUGUCUUGCCCAGAAGUGAUCAGACGAGGAGUAUUGUUUGUGAGUCGUCUCUCUCACUCAUAUGCCUUUUCUCUGGCGCGGUUGGAUUGUUGUGCUGACGAUGGGCUUCUAUGAUUAGAUGCGUGCUAUACCCCAGCCUCCUUCUCUACCCCGGAAGAACUGAAGCAAAAGGGCGAGAUGUUCCACAACCGCACGCGUACCACGCAUUGGCCGCACAGGAAUUUCUGGCACCAAGACAAGAUCUUGCGAUUCGGCAAGGAAGACCCAUAUCAUCGUGAUAGACCCUUCGAGGAGCCGGAAGAGACGGAACAGCUGCUCAAGCUGGCGGGAGCGAUGCCGUACUAG